AUGAGCGCGCAAACAGCUCCACUGGUCGAUUUGUUUAGAAAAUUACGAGUCGGUCUUGAUUCGGCUGCGAGCCAGAUUGGAGGUGGUCACUUCAUCUUAUCGUGGGCUGCAGCUUGUGGGGCAUACAAUUGGGCUGCUCAGGAUGUAGCAGGAAUGGAUGAGUACCUUGAUUACUGGAAUCUGAUGGCUUACGAUUUCUCCGGACCAUGGACCGACACUGCUCUUCCCGCUUCGAAUCUCCACCCUGAUGGGCAAUCUUCAGAUGUGGGAGCAUCUGGUUCACAGUGUUUACAACACUAUAUUGAUGAAGGUGUUGAUCCUAGGAAGCUCAAUCUUGGUAUGCCACUUUACGGAACAGGAUUUACAGGUACUCAAGGCAUGUGGACCCCAUGGACUGGUACCGAACAGUACGACGUAUCUGAACUACCCGUCGAUGGAGAUACAGUUUCUUACAAUGCCACUUUGGGCGGAUCAUGGAGUUAUAACCCAUCAAAUGGAAGAGUCGUAUCGUUCGACAUUCCCACUUUAGCCCUUCAAAAAGCAAUCUACGUGAUCGAGCACAAUAUCGGAGGAAUGAUGUAUUGGUCAAUCGACGGGGAUUACUCGAGACUUCAACCUGAAGGUGCUAGUAGACCUGGUGAUCUGAGUGCUGAGAGACAGCAUGACUGGAGCAAGAGAAGUGUUGACGGAAGAAACAAGAAAGGCGGAGAAGGAGAGGAGGGUGAUAAUUUAGGACAUGAUGGUGGAGGACAUAACAAUUGUACAGAAGAAGACCGGGGUGGACAUGGCCAAGGUGGUGGUGAUCAUAAUUGUACUGGUACAGGAGAUGACGGUGGUAACGGUGGUAGUAACAACAAUACUGUUUCUAUCAAUACUGCUAUUGGAUAUAGUCUGGUGGAUACGGUCGUCACUGCUUUUAAGAGGUAUGGAGGUGGGUUGGACACGACUACUAACAGGUUGGAAUAUCCUACUUCUGAAUACGAUAACCUUCGAGCUGGUUUCCCCUGA